GUGGACAACAUUCUAGCGCAGUCGGAAUCACAGCGCCCGCGCGGAAAGUCGCUUCACACGCCGCGCUGCUCUUACGUCUCGACACCCGAGCUCGACGUGAUCUGAACAAACACCGCUAUCGCCAACAAUUAGUGAUAAAAACGAAAACAUUACCCGGAAACUAUGCCAUCGGAACUCGUUACCAGCUAAAUAUUUACUGUGAUUCGAAGACGCCAGAGACGCGGUUAUAGAUAAGAAGUGUUGUUACAUUAUUUUGGACGAAUCGAGUCACCUGUUGUAAAGGGAUAUCGACGGCGAUAUCAACAAAUCGAGUCGCGUGGUUCAGUAGUCAAUAAGCGGUGGUUUCAUAUCACCGCGCGUUAAAUUGGAAAAUGCCGGUGUGCGGCUACGAAAAAAUGUCGUCUCAGGAGAUGUGUCUGAUGGGAUACGCUGGGGCGCCGGAUUACAUGAUGGGCUCGCAGCCCCACGUAUGGGACAAGCCGUCGGAGACCUCGUACCCCUCGUUCGUCCACAGGAAUCACCAGGACACCAGCCUGGACGUCAACAUGACAUACGCUGGAGAAGACAGUGAUAUUCAGUUGGAGACGAGUAGCAGCGAAGCGAGCGCCGCCAGUUCCACAGCCCUUUCGCAGCAUUGCGCCAUCUGCGGCGACCGCGCCACAGGGAAACACUAUGGAGCCUCGUCCUGCGACGGAUGCAAAGGCUUCUUCAGAAGAAGCGUCAGAAAGAACCACCUCUACACGUGCAGGUUCAGCAGAAAUUGUGUGGUAGACAAAGACAAAAGAAAUCAAUGUAGAUACUGUAGGCUAAGGAAAUGCUUCAAGGCUGGCAUGAAAAAAGAAGCUGUACAGAACGAAAGAGACAGGAUAAACUGCAGGCGACCCUCGUACGAGGAACCCACACAAGCCAACGGGCUGUCAGUGGUGUCCUUACUAAAUGCUGAGCUUUUAAGCAGAAAGGUCAUUGAUGAGACAAUCAACGUGAGCGACGCGGAGAUCAACAACCGGAAGCUGGCAAAGAUCAACGACGUGUGCGACUCCAUCAAACAGCAGCUCCUCAUCCUGGUCGAGUGGGCCAAGUACAUACCCGCCUUCACUGAGCUACACCUCGAUGACCAGGUGGCGCUGCUGCGCGCGCACGCAGGCGAGCACCUGCUGCUGGGCUGCGCGCGCCGCUCGCUGCACCUCAAGGACGUGCUACUCUUGGGCAACAACUGCAUCAUCGCCAAACACAAUAUUGAUGGGCGCAUGGAUAUAGAUAUCAGCAUGAUCGGCAUCAGAGUGAUGGACGAGAUCGUGCGGCCGUUGAGGGAGAUCGACAUCGAUGACACUGAGUUCGCGUGUCUCAAGGCCAUCGUCUUCUUCGACCCGAAUGCCAAAGGGCUGUCCCAGCCGCAGAAGAUCAAGCAACUCCGCUAUCAGAUCCAGAUCAACCUGGAAGACUACAUCAGCGAUAGGCAGUACGACGGGCGCGGCCGCUUCGGCGAGCUGUUGCUGUGUCUGCCGCCGCUGCAGUCCAUCACGUGGCAGAUGAUCGAGCAGAUCCAGUUCGCGAAGCUGUUCGGAGUCGCCCAUGUGGACAGCUUGUUGCAGGAGAUGUUGCUUGGGGGAGCGUCGACAGAGAGCGGCAUGGAGACGGAGACGGAGACGGCGGCGGACGCGGCGCCGGCGCCCGCGCUCGUGCCGCAGCUGUCCGCGCCCGCGUCCGCGUCCGCGCCCGAGCCCUUCCUCCACGACCGCUUCAAGCAGGAGCCCAACAUGAGUCCGGCGCAAGCGUCGCCGGUCAGGAGCGCGGACAUUACGUUGUUAUAGUGGACCUUGCGACGACCAAUGUCAAGUGUAAUCGUAAUUAUGUUUCAAUAGAUCAAUGAAGAUCGUCGUCUGUUCUUAUUAUUAUGGGGUCCAUUGUGUUCGCACGUCGAACAUUUGGCCCUUUUAUACUUACCCCCAUGACCUAUUCACUAGUAGCAGGUAUUCUGAAGGACUGCAUAAGCUUCAGAUAACGUCGUAUGUGAAAAUGAGACAGAAAAUAGUUAUUCGAUUUUGGAGUACACCAUACAUCAAAAUGCUUCAUCACGCGAAAUAAUUGUGAAGUUAAUCAGUAUGAGCUGGCGACGACUUUCAUUUAUCUAUGCUUUCAAUGUAUUUUAUUUAUAUUUGAGUGUUGUAUGUACUCAAAUAUCGCAUAGAAAUUAAGACUUUGUUUAUAUUUUUUGUGUUUGCCAAAUAUAAGGCGACCUUGAAUAAUGUGGUUGCAUGAUUGAUUAUAAUUUGUAGAUUAUAUCGACUGUGGUGCCUGUAAUUUAGUGAGGAAAUAUUUACAUUAAAUAUAUAGGUGUAGGUGUAUUUCUGCCAAUUUCCGAGUUAUUUAUACAAUCUUAGAUGUAGGUAUUGGAUUUUUUAUAAGUGCAAUCACUUCCCUCGGCUGUGUAAAGUAUGUUUAGAUAACAUAUCAAUUUAGACGACGUAAAAAUGUAUUUGAUUUCCUUUAAAACUAAAUUAUCUGAAUUAGUAUAUAGAUAUUUUUAUAAAUGUUUUAUAUAUAUAUACCAUCAAGGUAUUUUAUAGUUCCCUAAGCUGUACACACGGUGAGGUAUUUUUAAAAGGAAAAGAUAGGCUAUCCAUUGUAAGAGUUAGUUACCAAUAGAAAAAUAGGGGUCGGUUAUCCUAUUGUUAAAAUUGUUUUUGUAUUUUUAUUAAUUUUUGUAUCAGGAGCAAAAUACAUUUUUUUUAUUAAAUAAAUAUUAUUAUUGGCACAGCUAAGUCUUGUGGUGCAUAAAAAUAUGCAUUUUGUAGAUUAUUUAGUUUUAAUAAUGGAGAUGUUUAAAUUAACAAAAUGCUCAACCCUUUUGCUUGUUUGAUGAAUUUUUUGCGGUGAAAGUAGGGAUUACCAACAUAGUCUUGAAACCUGUGUUGUAAUUAUAAAUAUAUAAAAUAGGUGCCUUAUUUCCCUACAAUUUGUAGGUUGGUGUAUUGUUGAAUGUACAUACUAUGUUAUGAUUUUUUAGUAGAAUAUAUUUUAAUAAAUAAUCUGUUACACAAA